AUAAAAAUAGCAACCAAAAUAACUCGUAAGAAAUUCGACUGCCAUUGUACCAAAAUCGAUAUAUAAUCAUUUGCAUGCCUAUAAAACUUUAAAUACGACGAAACAGAGCCUUUAUGUUAGAAAAUAAAACUGUUUCUUAAUAAUUUUGUUGCGUUGUUUUCUGUUAUUACGGUAAGCCUCAUUGCCUGAUUUUCUGCGACACGCCUCCAGUCUCAAAUGUUGCAGUAAAACAGUCGUCGCAUAGAAAUUAGACUGCAAGUUCCACUCGUCUGAGGACGGAGAAUACUUGGGACGGACAAUCACUUUACGGGGCGACCAGGAUUAAGCAUAAUCGAACUCCCCAAAAUGCUGCCUCAAGACUUGAAGCAGAUCCGAGUACUGAUACUCAAUGACAAAGAGAAUUUAGAGAGGACCUUGUUCAGACUUGAUCAAGGUUUUGAGCUCCAAUUCCGUCUGGGUCCAAGUCUUCAGGGCCGGAGAGUUACAGUCCAAACCAACUACCCACCUGAAGGACAAGCGUUUGAACGAAACACUUUCCGUGUUUUGACCUGGAAGAACCCGACAGGACGUGAAGAUGACUCUGAUAAGUUUUGCUGUCUCGAUAUCAAGGUGGCUGGUUCUUUCCAGUUCUACUUUGGAUUUGGGGACACAGAGAAAUCUGGAGGAGGCUACAUUGUUGUCAACCCAAUCCUUCGUGUUGGAUCAGAGAACCGUGUCCUCCCAUUAGACUGCAUCAGCAUUCAGACCUAUUUAUCCAAGUGUUUGGGUACCUUAAAUGACUGGCCAGCCAGAUUGCAAGUUGCAAAGGAGUCAGGGUACAACAUGAUCCAUUUCACGCCUUUGCAGACAUUAGGACUAUCCAGGUCAUGCUACUCCUUGGCAGACCAGCUAACCUUUAGCCCCGAAUUCAGCCCAGAUGGCCAAAACUAUACCUGGACACAUGUGGGCGCGCUAGUGGAGAAGAUGAGGAAAGAAUGGAACAUGCUGUGUAUUACUGAUGUGGUGUACAACCAUACUGCCGCUAAUAGCAAGUGGAUCCUUGAGCAUCCAGAAUGUGGUUACAACCUGGUGAACUCGCCCCAUCUACGUCCAGCCUGGGUGUUGGACAGAGCUAUCUGGCAUUUAACCACCAGAAUCGUAAACGGACGGUACAAGGACAUUGGCCUUACUGCUAAUAUCACCAAUGAGAAUCAUCUGAAUGAGAUUCGAAGUGUGCUAUGGAAAGAUGUGUAUCCUCAGAUCAAACUCUGGGAGUUCUACCAGGUCAAAGUGGACAGUGCUAUCGAGCAGUUCAGAACUCUCUUAAAAGAUGGCGCAAAACCAGACCAUAGUAAGACUGAAGGGGAAAAAGGCCUUAUGAUUAUCCAGGACCCUGGUUGGCGACGUUAUGGCAACACGGUGGACAUGAACUCUGCUCUCCAAACAUUUGUACCUCACAGUUUUUCCCCACAGCACAUCGAGGACUGCUGCCAUUUGUUGCGACAGAAACUGAACCAGCUUAAUGACGAACAACUCCACAUUGUGCAUCAGCAUCAAGAACAGGCAGCCAACUGCAUUUUGGGAAAUGUUAUGUAUGAGCGUCUGGCAGGACAUGGACCCAAAUUAGGCCCUCUUAGCAAGAAGAACCCUCUUGUUACCAGGUAUUUCACCUUCCCAUAUCAAGACAUGACUCUCGAGCAGGAGAUGCAGAUGAUAGAUGAACCAGACAAGACAUGUAACUUCAUGGCUCACAAUGGUUGGGUGAUGGGUGAUGAUCCGCUGCGCAACUUUGCUGAACCAGGAUCCAAUGUCUACGUUCGGCGAGAAUUGAUAUGCUGGGGUGACAGUGUCAAACUUCGCUAUGGCAAGGGACCUGCAGACUGCCCUUUUCUCUGGGCUCACAUGAAGAAAUACACUCAAAUAACAGCCAAAUAUUUUCAUGGAGUCAGACUGGAUAACUGCCAUUCUACACCAUUACAUGUUGCUGAGUACAUGCUAGAUGUGGCUAGAACAGUGUGCCCUAACCUGUACGUGGUGGCUGAACUCUUCACUGGCAGUGAGGAACUGGAUAACAUCUUCGUUACAGAUCUAGGGAUUACAUCACUCAUACGAGAGGCCAUGUCCGCUGGUGAUAGCCAUGAAGAGGGAAGAUUGGUCUAUCGUUAUGGUGGUGAACCAGUUGGAGCGUUUGUUCAGCCAAGUCUUCGCCCACUGACGCCAUGCAUUGCACAUGCCAUGUUCCUUGAUGUAACCCAUGACAACGAAUGUCCUAUACAGCUGCGUUCGGCACUGGACUCUCUUCCAAGUUCUGCUAUGGUCUCCAUGGCCUGCUGUGCUACUGGCUCAACAAGAGGAUAUGAUGAAUUAGUUCCACAUCAAAUUUCUGUUGUUACAGAGGAACGCUUUUACCCUAAGUGGAACCCUUCUGCCUCCCUGACCUCUGCCAGCGAGGUUGGACCGCAGACUGGCAUCAUUGCUGGGAAACUGGCACUCAAUAAGUUGCAUCAAGAAUUGGCUGCUCAAGGCUUCAUACAGGUCUAUGUAGACCAGGUUGAUGAAGAUAUUGUGGCCAUUACUCGCCACUGUCCCAGCACCCAUCAGUCAGUAGUGGCAGUUUGUCGGACAGCUUUCAAGAAUCCUAAAACACACCACUAUAAAACUGAUGUGCCACCAAUGUUUAUACCUGGAAAAAUUGAGGAAGUAGUAUUGGAGGCAAGGACAGUGGAAAGACAUGCUGGGAGUUUCGUAAAAGAUGACAACUUCAUCAAUGGCAUGCCCGAAUACACAGUUGAGAUAAAAGAGCAUAUUCCGUUACAGGAGAGCUCAGUGGUGAACCAUGCUGGUGUGACAUCUAAAGGUCGAUCAGAGUUUGUACAAGAAAUCAGUUUCAAGAAACUGACACCGGGAAGUGUCAUUGCCUUCAGGAUUAGUUUGGACCCCAAAGCUCAGAAGUUGGUCGGGGCACUCCGCUAUUAUCUGUCCCAGUUUAGUCUAAAAUAUCGAAAAGGCAGCGUAGCAGAUGAAAACCCACCAGACGCCCUGAAGAUGCCUUUGGCACAGCUCAUGUCAAAGUUGACGCUAGCAGACAUGAAUGUCUUGCUAUUUCGCUGCGAUGCCGAAGAACAAGAGGAUGGCGGAGGCUGUUACAGUAUUCCAGGUUGGGGAACCUUCAAAUAUGCAGGCCUCCAAGGACUGAUAUCAAUUUUGGCUGAUAUUCGCGCCAACAACGACCUGGGCCAUCCUGUGUGUUCUAACCUCAGAGAAGGAGACUGGCUAAUGGAAUAUAUUGUCAAUAGACUCAUACAUAAAGAAGGACCUCUUGCACAGGUUGGACAAUGGCUCGAGGCCAUGUUUACUUAUUUGAAGCACAUCCCACGCUAUCUCAUACCAUCUUACUUUGAUGCAAUCCUUGUGUCAACUUUCACCACAGCUCUGGAUGCAACUUUCAAACUCAUGUCAAGUUUCAUUCAGAGUGGCUCAAGCUUUGUGCGACACUUGGCGUUGGGUUCACUUCAGAUGUGUGGUGUCGGACGCGUCCCUGCCCUUCCUCCUCUCUCGACGAAAAUUGACAACAUUCCAUAUUGCAUCAGCCCAAUAACUGGCCAGAAGGAGCAGUGCUGUGUGACAGUGGCUGCAGGUCUUCCUCAUUUCUCUACUGGAAUUUUCCGUUGCUGGGGCAGAGACACUUUUAUUGCUCUCAGAGGACUGAUGCUGCUCACUGGGAGACACAGCGAAGCCCGAAACAUCAUCUUGGCCUUCGCAGGGACAUUACGUCAUGGUUUAAUCCCAAACUUGCUGGGAGAGGGUCGCUUUGCCAGAUACAAUUGCCGUGAUGCUGUGUGGUGGUGGCUGCAGUGCCUGCAGGAUUACGUUAGCCAUGUUCCCCAAGGACAGAGUAUCCUCCAGUCUCCUGUCACACGCAUGUAUCCAACUGAUGAUAGUGAGCCCUGCCUACCAGGAGAAGUGGAGCAGCCUCUAUAUGAUGUAAUCCAAGAGACUCUGCAGCGUCACCUCGAGGGAAUUUCCUUCAGAGAGCGAAAUGCUGGACCCAAGAUAGACAUGCACAUGAAAGAUGAAGGGUUCAAUGUUGUUAUUAACGUCGACCCUGCAACAGGCUUUGUCCAUGGAGGAAACCGUUUUAACUGUGGCACGUGGAUGGAUAAAAUGGGGGAGAGUGAGAAAGCAAAAAACAAAGGCAUGCCAGCUACUCCCAGAGACGGAGCAGCUGUGGAGAUAAUUGGUCUAAGUAAGUCAGCCAUCCGCUGGAUUGUGGAGCUCCAUGCCAAGGGACUGUUUCCUUAUGAUGGAGCAAAAGUUCACAGAAAUGGAAAAGAGGUGUUUAUCUUAUACACCAAAUGGAAUGAACAGAUCCAGCAGUCCUAUGAGCCAAGUUUCUGGGUGUCCGAGGAGAAUCAAUCUGAUCUUGUACACAAAAAAGGUAUCUACAAGGACAGUUUUGGAGCAUCCAGCCCAUGGUGUGACUACCAACUCAGACCGAACUUUACUAUUGCCAUGGUCGUGGCUCCAGAACUGUUUACUGUGGAAAGAGCCUGGAAAGCUCUUGAAAUUGCUGAGGAGAAAUUACUAGGACCUCUUGGAAUGAAAACCCUCGACCCUGAUGAUAUGGUCUACUGUGGUGUGUAUGACAAUGCACUGGACAAUGACAACUACAAUGUGGCAAAAGGCUUCAACUACCAUCAAGGACCGGAGUGGCUAUGGCCUGUCGGAUACUUCUUGCGUGCUAAGCUCUACUUUGCCAGAAAGCUUGGUGAAAAAACCUAUGCCAAGACGGUGACUCUGGUGAAAAAUGUUCUUUCACAACAUUACACUCAUCUGGAGAGAUCUCCAUGGAAAGGUCUACCAGAAUUAACAAAUGAGAAUGGCCAAUACUGCCCGUUUAGCUGUGAGACUCAAGCAUGGUCUUUGGCUACUCUUUUGGAAGUACUGUAUGACUUCUAGAAAACCUCUGCAAGGCCCUUUCCAAUAUCUCUUUGACUCAGUUGAGAUGAGUGUGUUAAAUUCCUUCAUGUUGAAAUGAGCUUAAUUUGAAAAAAAUGUCACACCCACAAAAGUAUUUAUUUCAAGUGUUUCUAAUUGAUUAAAUCAACUAAUGUUACAUAGUUAUUAGGUGGUUUAUAUUCAACCAGAGUGUGAAAUUCAACACUCAAGACUCACUGCCUUUACCCAUAUUAACUGAAAACAGCUGUCACUGUCACAGAAUUCUGGAGACUGGCAGCUUUGCAUAUGUUGCAAUGACAUUGGGGGGUAACACCAAGUUGUUGUUCAAGAUUUUUUAAUUAGAAGAGUAUGAAGGCACAGUGGAAUAAUGUUAUAUGUACAAGUAGCAAAGGAAUCAGCAAUAUUUAGUUAUGUAGAAAUAAGCAGAAGUAACACGCAAGCAACGGGAAAAUAUGCAUGCACAAAGGCAAAAAAAAGAGCUAGUGCAACAUUACCAUGGCAUCAACUGCUUUAUACCAUAUUGUUAUGGCUAGGAUAAAAAUAAAUAACAAAUACUGUAAGUGAAUCAUCUGUCAAUGUUGUGUUCAUACAUUUGGAUCUGAUGUCCUCAUUAGUUCAAGGUUCAUGUUGUCUUUGUCUUGCUAACCUUUGGUCUCUUACUUUUAAUUGUACUAUUUGUAGCACCUUUUAUGUUCACACACUGUUUACUUACCAAAAAAAGUCACCCAAGUCUACCUGUACUGUACUGUUCUGUACUGUACUGUAUUAAUGCAAUCAAAAUUGAUACAGGCUG